AUGAAACUCACACUGCUCUGCUGGCAGCUCUUGCUGUUGAGUACUCUGGUAUACUGUAGCCUCGGACAAGGUGGAGCCUCUCUGAGUGUCAGUCCUGACAGAGCUCAGUUCUUUGAAUUUGAGUCUGUCUCUCUGAGCUGUGAGGUUCAGGGGAACUCUGCUGGAUGGAGAGUGGUGAGGAACGCAGAGAGAGGGAACCAUACAGAGUGUAAUACUGACUGGGGAAAACCACAAGGGUCUUCAUGCAUCGUGUCACUGAUACCAUCAGACAGUGGAGAGUACUGGUGUGAGUCUGGGUCUGGAGAACACAGCAAUGCUGUCAACAUCACAGUACAUGAUGGAGCUGUGAUCCUGGAGAGCCCUGCCCUUCCUGUGACUGAGGGAGAUUAUGUGACUCUGCGCUGCAGAUAUCAGGGAACUCCCUCUGACCUCACAGCUGAUUUCUACAAAGAUGGAUCCCUCAUCAGGGCUGAGUCUUCAGGAGAGAUGACCAUCCCUGCAGUAUCCAAGUCAGAUGAAGGACUCUACAAGUGUACCAACUCUGAAGGAGAAUCACCAGAGAGCUGGAUGACAGUGACAGAUGCAGGUCCAGCUCCCAUUCCAUCUCCAGCAGUCCCAGUGUUGUCCAUGUCUCUACUCAGGCUGCUGUGUAGUCUACUGGUGGGGUCUCCCUACCUGCUGGUGACCAUCAUACUACUGGUGAAAGGCUGCAGGAGCAGGACUCAAGGUGAAACCAGGGUACCCAGGAAGACCCACCAAGACCAAUUAGGUGAUCGUGUUGAAGAAGAGUGAGGCUGAGAUCACCUGAUCACCAUAACAACCAUCAGAAUGGAACUCAUGGAAUUCUAAUAUAGAACUGUGAGUCACAAUGCUGUAUGUUGUUACAUUGUAGCUCCACCUGCUGGAACAAUAGUGGCAUUUGAUCAAAUGUGAUCUAUUAACUGAUACAUGUAUUAUUCUGAUUGGAAUGUGUUUUAAUAUCAUGUGUGUUGUAUUAUUCAUUCAGCAGCUGUCCUUUAACAUCAGUCAUAUACUGGUCAUAUACUGUAUAGCAUUAUGGUUGAUACAUUGUAAAUGCCUUCACUUUUCAUGUCUAUACAGAUCAACUGAGAGGUGUUGUGGUUCAGGCAUUAUUGUUACAGGUUCAGUAUAAUGUUAUACCGUUACAUGUUACAGAGUUAGAAAACAUACAGGAGAGGAGAAUUCAAUUGUUACAAUUAUUUACUAUAUUUUCCCAUUUUGGUCUCAUUAUUUUAUUUUGUUUAAACAUAACUAAUGUAGGCCUUUUGUUUUAUUGUGUUUUGUGCAAACCCAUUAUUUUUCAAUGAAUCAUCCUGGUAAGAUAUUGCUUUUGUCUUUGUAUCAUAUAUAAUUAAAUUAAUUAUUUUCCUCAAUCAUGUAGCCUGUUUUUUAAUCUGUUCUGAAUGACAUCACAACCACUUUUAAUUUCACUCACUUCCCUUUAUCUUCUGAAUGCUCCAUUCCAGGUUCCCCUACAGCCCCCAGAGCCUUGAGUAUCUACUAAAUGCUCCAUUCCAGGUUCCCUCUACAGCCCCCAGGGCCGUGAGUAUCUUCUAAAGAGGGUAGUAAGUUUGAAGAUCCUCGGCAUACACAUCA